UUUUAAUUCGCAUUUAAAUACUCACUGCUGGGCAUCGUGCAAGCUGCUGCUUCAUGCGAUCAACUAAUCUCAUGGCAUCAUCAGAUGUCUCUGAAUCAGUUGUGAUGCCUAAAGAAAGGGCCCUUUCUGCGUUUCCCCCGUCCAAGCAUCUGUGAAUAGACUGGAAGUGCCUGUAACAUAAACAUAAGUCGAAGAAGUUAACUCCAGUAUUUUAUUAUAGGGUAUCUUAUAAAUGUAUAAUAUUGUAUGCGUAAUGAACACGUAUUGAGUUAAAAUAUUUGGCAAAAAUCGAUAUUAUGCUGGCAACUUUUAUGCAUAGUGUAGGUCAGGGCGAUCGUUAUCCCAAAAAAAACUUUAUGCAUUUCUUUAUAGGGUCAUUCGUGCCGAAACAUGGUUCUCCUAAUUUUAACAUGUUUUUGCAUCGAUACCUGUUGGUCAGGAUAAAAUGUUAUAUGACAUGUCUGUAUCACUUAUGUUCUAACCAAGGUCUACAGGUAGGUAUUUUUCAAUGUGUUAGUUCAAAAGGGAAACUUCUCUUAAAUUUCCAUCUUCAAUCUAUUCGAAAGUUGUUUACCUGGAAUGAGCAUGUGGUCUCAAUCGCUGCGCGUGUCUCCAAGCCGCAGCGGCGCGGGCGCGCCAUACAGCGGCCUCUUCGCUAGCAGAGGCUACGCCAGCCUCCAACGCAGCGCACGCUCCUCGCAAAUCUACCACCUGAAGUUUCACAUAUGUUGUAAAUGUACAGACUCAUAUCCAAACUAAUAUUAUAAAUGCGAAAGUAACUCUGUCUGUCUGUCUGACUUUUUUUUCACGCCUAAACUACUGACCCAAUUUCUCUGAAAUUUGGUACUGGAAAUAGUUUGGAACUCAAGAAAGGACAUAGGAUAGUUUUUGUAC